AUGGUCGUGUUUAUAGAGUCCCGAAGUAUUGUGUUUAUUUUAUUAUUGACUCCUUAUACACCCACUCUCUCUCUCUCUCUCUCUCUCUCUCUCUCUCUCUCUCCCCCUUCGUCUUAUUUUACUAUUAUUAGUAGUAGUCGUAGUUGUUUAAUAUUCAGUUCUUUCAGCCUCGUUCUCUUUUUCCUUCUCACAAUUUCUUCCUUUGUUUUUCUUUUUUUAUUAUUUUUACGCUUUUUUCUUUUUUCUUUUCAUUUUUCAUUUCAUUAUUUCUUAUGCGUUUCAUUCUUUAUUUCUUCCUUUUUAUCUUUCACAUUUCUACUUUCAUUUUCCUUCAGAUUUUUUCCUUCAUCGUUUUUCUUUUUCCUUUUAUUAUUUCUUAUUCUUUAUUUCUUCCUUUUUCUCUUUAACUUUUCUGCAUCCAUUUUCCUUCAUAUUUUUUCGUUCAUCAGUUUUUCUUUUUCCUUUUAUUAUUUCUUAUUCUUUAUUUCUUCCUUUUUCUCUUUAACUUUUCUGCAUCCAUUUUCCUUCAUAUUUUUUCGUUCAUCAGUUUUUCUUUUUCCUUUUAUUAUUUCUUAUUCUUUAUUUCUUCCUUUUUCUCUUUCACUUUUCUACUUCCAUUUUCUUUCAAAUUUUUUCCUUCAUCUAUUUUCCUUCAUUUUAUUUCACUUUUUUCAUUUUACUUAUUUUUUAAUAGAGUAUCGCCUGAUUUUCCUUUUUAUUUUUUUGUUUUAUUUAUCAUUUUUCUUCCUUUUUUUUCUUUCUUUUGUCUCACUUCUUUCUUCUCGCUUCUGUUUUUCUUCCUUCUAUUUUUUAAUAUUUUGUCUUCUUUCUACUUUUCAUUCCAUUGUAUUCUUCAUUUUUUAUUGA